AUGCUCUGCAGGCACACGACAUACUUCCGCGCGCAGUCAAAGAAUAGCGAAACACAACCGCGGAACCUGACAUACCGGAUCGUCAUCCCUUCCCUUCUCGCAUACUUACACUUCUAUUAUCAAAUCAUGGCUAAGAAAGGCGGCAAGAAGGGCAAGAAGGGCGGCAACAAGCCCGCCGCUGUCGCUGCUGCGGCCGUCGACAAGGUCGCCGACACUGCGAAAAGCAUCGUCCACCCCCAUGAAGAUGUGGAGGACAAGGCGCACACUGAAUCCCAGCCCGAGACCGCAACUGAGACUUCCGAGACUGCAACCAAGCCCACCGAGACCGUAGAGUCCAAGGCUGAGGAGACCAAGGCCGAGGAAACCCCAGCUGUCGCCGAGACUCCCGCCACAGAUGCUGAGGAGGCUGUGGCCCCCAAGGCCCCCGUCGCGGAAAAGGACACAGUCGACGAGGCUGUAGAGAAGGCGCAAGCCUCCAAGGCCGGUCAGCUCGGCGAAUUGGACACUGGCGACGCUGCCGGUAGUGCCAUCAUCCCCGAAAAGACCAUUCAGGAGUCGACCAUCGUCCCCGAGACCGUCGAGGAGCCCGCUCCAUCCACCGCGACCGGCGUGGCCACACUCGCCGAGCGCCCCAAGACUUCGGAAUCGACCGCUGCCGUCCCUGCGCCUGAGCCGGUCCCCAACCCCGAGGUUGCUCCUGCGACCGCUGAGGCCGAGACCGAGGCCACUCACAAGCGCCCAUAUGAUCAGCCCAUCUUCAACAAUGAAGAGAGCUUGAAGCCCCACAAGAUGCCCAAGACCGAUGAGGAGCAGCUCGCAGCUAGCGCCGCCAAGGACAAGGAGACCAUUGAGAACCUGGCCGGUGCCGGCCCUGCGUCGACUGCUGCGUUGACCACGCCUGAGCCUGUGCCUGCCAAGGUCGAGGCCCCCAAGGAAGAGGUCCUCAAGGAGACCCCCCAGGUGGAGGCCAAGAAGCCCGAGCCUCUCAAGACCACCGCUUCCUCCGGUGGUGCCAAGCCUUCCUCUCCCAUCGCGGUCGCUGGCGCCGCUGCGGCCAUGUCCGCCAGCAAGAACAAGUCUGCUGCCCCAGCCGCUAAGGAGCCCGAGCUCCAGAAGCCCGAGGCAGCCCUGAAGCGCGGCGAGGAGCCCCAGCCUGUGGCCGAGGCCCCCAAGACCGAAGCCCCCAAGGCCGACACCGAGGCCCCCAAGACUGAGACCAAGCCCGAGACCAAGGAGCCUGCUCAGGAAGAGGCCAAGGACGAGACCAAGGCCUCGGAGCCAUCAGAGGGCGAGAAGGAGAAGAAGAAGGAGAAGGGCGGAUUCCUCUCCUGGUUGAAGCGCAAGUUCAAAUAA